AUGGACCCCCCCACCUACAACGUCUCCAUCAACAUCUACGGCCGCGGAGACGCCCUUCUCGGCGACGGCCCCUCUCACAUGUCCAUCACAAUCUCCGACCCUAGCUCCUCGACCUGCGAAAUGCACCACAUCCGCAACCCCACCGAAGACCCAGUCUUCAUCUACGAAUCGCGCACACAGCCUCUUGACGACGACGAUCCUGUUCUCAGGGGAAGGUGCGAGAUUGCUUCUUCCCUCUCUGCUGCACAGCGACAAGAAGCUGUUAGCCUGAUAACGGCAUUUGGGAACGAUAAAGCUAAUAUCCCCGAGUUCGGUACCGGGAAUUGUCAGGACUGGGUUGCUGAUGCCGUGGGUGUGCUCGAGAGAGCUGGUCUCGUUUCGAAUGGAGAAGCGCGGUUUUGGAAAGGGAUGAUUAAUAAGAGUGCCCAACAGAUAAAAGACGAGUGUCUCCGAAGUGGUAAGAAGUGGAAAGAUGGGCCAGCGGAGUUGACGUUUGAGGGAGAGCCGGAUGCAAGAUUUGGUAAUACAGAAAUGAUGCCUGUGGGGAAGUUGACACAGAACGAGAUGUUUCAGCAGCGGAUGCAGUCGCUUUUGGGUUCUAGGGAGGCGCCUGGAGAGAGGCCGUUUUAUGUGUCGAGUCCUUUUUUUAGUAAAAUAAAUGAAAUGGAGGAUUGA